AUGGGGCGGGGCGGAGGGGCCGCGGCGGCCCGGCACGCAGGGGAGUCGGCCGCGGAGGCGCGGAGCCGGAUGGUGGUCCCGCGGGGAGGAAGGCGGCGUGACGGCUGCGGGGCGGAGCCGGACUUGACGCAGACGGUGGAGACAGCACCGAGAGGCGCGACUGCUGCUGAAGGGGAGGACGCGACGGCGCGUGAGGCGCGUCACGCGGCCGGUCAUGGGUGCGCCAGAAGAGCCGGCGGCGGAGGGCUCGGGCGUGGUGCAGGUGGCGGGGGCGCGGAGGCCCGGGGCGCUGCUGAGAGCGGGGCCGAACCGCGGAGCCGGCGCGUAGGAGACGGCAGCGGCAAGCCGGACGGCGCGGGACGCGGAGCCAGUGCACAGACACGGGGACGCGCGCGGGCGCACGGCUGGGGCGUCAUCCGGCGCGGGGAAGUGCCGACGCACACGCCGGAGCGAGACGAGGCGCCUGGCGCAUGGGAGGCCCGGACGGCGGCGACGCAGUCGGCGCCGCGGUGGUGGUGA